AUGUCGACUCGUGCUCUGCUCGACCCGAACGAUGAGGAGGCUCAUAAGCAGGUGGACAGCGCCGAGGAUACAGAUGCCGCGAGCCAACUCACCUUGCAGAACGUGCCGGACUCGGAUUCUCAGUUUGACAGUAACGCUGUAGCGAUGUGGGAGUAUCGAUACAGCUCGAUCGCUGGUUUUGCAACAUAUGUGCAAUUCUGCAUUACUGUAGGGUGUAGAGAAUGCUUGCGCAUCGCCGCAUGGUUUUGGAGAAAGAGCUGGACUGCUGAGAUGUGCAGCUUUGUCUUUGCCAUGUCCUCGCUCGCAGGUCUUGUCGUUAUCCUCUCAGUUCACGAAGGUAGGCCUAUACCUGAAUGGCCGCACCUGAUAACUAUCAACUCUGUCGUGUCUCUAUUUGCGCUGUGCAUGAGGGUCGGCGUGGGUGUCGUACUUGCAGAAGGAAUCAGCCAAACCAAGUGGCACUGGUUUGCCAAUCCACAACUGCUUCACGACAUGGAACGCUUUGAUCUUGCAAGUCGCAGCGCUUGGGGUUCCGCACGUUUGUUGUACUUUUUUAGUCGAAAGGGAACUUUUUAUGUCACCGCUAUUGGCGCCCUUGCCAUGGUCAUGGCAUCGUUGACAGGGUUUUUCUCACAACAGGUCGUCCAGUUUCGGGAUUGCCUCCAGCCAAAUAUCACCAUGGUCCCAAGAGUGGCCAAGACUAAUUCCUACCUAAGAGCAGGGGCACUUGCGGGAUUCAACGUGACGCCAGACAGUGAGCCUUUCCUGGGCAUGAUAGCUGCUAUCAACGUCGCUAUUUUCCAGCCUAUUGACGAUUACACGAACAAGAUUACAGAAAAGUGCACGAGUGGAUACUGCACCUUUCCAGGAAACAACGGGACAUCUUUCUCCACCGUAGCCGUGGGCCACACGUGCGAGAAGAUCACCUCGCAAGAUUCUAUUACAACUCUAUCUUCAUCGUACAGAGAUUUUGCAUCAAUAAGGGACGAGACAGGCAUCCUGAUUGAACUCCAGCUCGGGAACGAUGACAUAAUCGCCACACGAACAGUUCCAAAGAAACAAGGAUUUCCAGCUUCAUUGACCACCAUAUAUGCUAUUUACAGACCGCUGCGGUGGGUUCGCUGGGGUCCACAAACUGUCAGUUCUAACUCCAGCAAUAUCGAACUACUGAAGUGUUCGCUUUUCCCUUCUUUGAACACGUAUGGAGUUUCAAUCACAGGAUCUGUCGUGAAUGAAACCUUAGUCGAGAGCAGACGAUUGGAACCUUACCAAGAGAAGAGAAUGUCUGGGGGAAACAACUAUUCUUUUCUCACAGCAACGACGCACACUGUACGCAAUGGUGUACGGGUAGACUGCAAGCCAUCCACGAAGUCGGACAAUUGGCUUUCCGAAUACCAUAAGCCAACCAAGCUAGAUAAUGGGACCAUGCAAUACGACGAUGAAGCAUUGUUCUAUCCUGCGGACUGUCUCUGGGGCUUCGGAGACGCUGCAGCAACUGGAAUCAGACGUUAUUUCAGCAACAUCUUCGACAACCAGACGCUAACAUUGACGGAGCUCCAAGAGACCAAGUACGCUUCGAUCCACUUACGUCAACUGUGGCAGAACGAGAGCAUGGUAUUGCCGAGGGUAGAGCAGGUUAUGGGAGACAUCUCCGCGGCAAUGACCGCGGUGGUUCGCACAGAGGGGGUUGAGGGUGAUAUCUGGCACCUGAAGGGAACCAUGUUGUCCAACACAACAUGCGUCGACAUUCAAUGGCCUUGGCUGACUUUUCCUCUUGUCACUAUCGCGCUCACCGGAAUUUUUCUUCUGUCGAUUGUGCUCGAAAAUCGCAACAUUGCAAGUGACAGAUUGUGGAAAAGUUCGGUCCUUGCAACACUGUUCUGCGAGGUCGAGCACGGUCGCAUGGACGAGACCAAAACUAUCUGUAAAGAAGCGAUGAUUGAUAUGGCGAAGUCUACGAGUGUCAGUGUCGAGGGUGGCAAGGGUACCCUGAAAUUGAUGGCACGAUGA